AUGGUUACAUAUGAUUUACUUGAAAUUUCAGAUGAAAAUACUAAUAAUGAUGAGACUAAUAAUUUGAAUGAUAUUAAUGAAAGUGAAAUUUUGAAAAGUUUAAUGCUGAAUAUUGCAGAUUCG